AUGCAGGGAACGAUGGUGACACAGCGGCCAGUGAAGAAAGCUCCCAUUCGCUCGGGCACUGUCGCAGUUGGCAGGUAUGCAGCCCCCAAGCAGCCUGCCAUCCGCCCGAAACCCAAGAAGGUCAUCCCAAAGCCGCCACCCAAGAAGGUGGUCAAGCCAGCUGUGAAAAAGCCUGCUCCUCCAAAGCGGUAUACACCUCCAAAGAGGGCGGCGCCUCCCAAGCGCAAGGCGCCCACAACCAAGCCUGACUCAAAGGGCGGCAGCAGCCUGGUCCCUGUGGUUGGCUUCGGUCUGGCCCUCGCAGCGGGCCUCGUGUUCCUGAGCCCAGGAACAAAGACCGCCAAGAAGAGCCCUCCAGCUGCAAAGGCGCCCAAGCCGGCUGCCGUCCAGAAAGCUGCGCCUGUGGCUCCUCCACCAGUUGUGGCCUCCCCUCCAAAGCCUGCCCCACCCGUCCAGGCCACACCCACCCCAGCCCCACCUCCUGCCCCCAAGCCCGCUGCCAGCAAGCCCAAACCGAAGCCAAGCGCAGCAAAGAGGAAACAAAUCGUUGUGGCGGCAAAGAAGAACAAGAGCAGCGGGGUCUCAUCCGGGAACAUCGCUGGGGGCAUCGCUGUCCUGGCUAUCGCCGGCAGUGCCCUCUACUUCCUUGGCGAUGGCCAGAAGGGCGAGUCAACCACGUCGACGUCCUCUCCGCCCACAGAGGCACCUGCGCCCCCGCCAGUGAAGGAAGAGCCGCAGGUCUAUGCGCCUGAAGUGAAGGAGGAGCCCAAGGAGGAAGUCGCAGAAGAGGUUCAGGAGGAUGUGGGCGCGGGGAAGGUGGAGGCGCAGGCUGAGGAGGCGCCCGAGGCUGCUUCUGAGGGGCUGAGCGCAGAGGAGGACAUCGAGAGGCGGAGGAAGGAAGCGGACUCCUGGAUCGAGGCGUACAGGAAGCGCAGCAAGAAGGGGAUUUUCGGAUUCCUGAAGAGGGACGAUUGA